CCUGUUGGUACUUGUCUGGAGAACAGUAGAUCUCUUUCCCUCUCUCUCUCUCCCUCUCCCUCUGUCGCUCUCUCUCCCCUCUUUCUCUCCCUCUCCCUCUCUCUCACACGCUCUCCAUUCUGACCAUGAUGCCGAGGACUUUUGCCCAGGUCUUCCUGAUUGCCGUAAUGUUUCCCUCCCGUCCUGCCACAGAUUCGAAAGCAGUGCAGAGUCAGAACGUUGUGAAGUGUGGUGUUCGUCCUGAGGAGGGAGGGGUCCAGUACUGGCUGGGUUUGUGGAAACGUAUCGUUGGUGGCAAGGAGUCGCAGCCUGGGGCACACCCUUGGCAGGUGUCUUUGAAACGACGUAAGGUGCAUUACUGUGGAGGGACAAUUAUCAGUGCAAAGUGGGUGUUAACGGCCGCUCACUGCAUUCGGGACAGGAACAUCCUGUCCGUGUUGAAGGUAACAGCUGGGGAACAUAACCUGAAGAACACAGAGAGCGAGGAGCAAACCCAGACAGUCAAGCGAGUCAUCAUCCACCCCAAGUUCAAGGCCGCCUACCCUGUCGAGUAUGAUGUUGCUCUUCUGGAACUCAGUGGCAACUUCACUUUUGGUUCUUAUGUUUAUCCAGCCUGCCUUCCUGGAGAGGAUGAUAAUUUUGAUACAGGAACCAUCUGCACUACCAUUGGUUGGGGUCGGCUGUCCGAGGGUGGGAAGUUGCCAAACACUCCACAGGAGGUCGAACUACCCAUCCUGGACUUCAAGAGCUGCUUAAAGGUGAUGCAAUUGGUGAUAAAACAAUUCAAGGGGGAAACGCUGCUCUGCGCGGGGUUCCCCAGCGGGGGAAGAGACGCAUGUCAGGAGGGUGAUUCAGGUGGUCCCCUGAUGUGUCGGCGUGAGGGCGGUUCCUGGACCGUGGCUGGUGUCACCUCGUGGGGGAUGGGCUGUGGCCGCAGUUGGAAGGACAAUGAAAGAAAAUCACCCAACAACCGAGGGACCCCCGGCGUCUUCACCAAGGUGAAGGCUUUGAGAUCAUGGAUUCAACAGAGUAUGAACAGCGAAUUAAAAGGACACAGCAGAUCGAUUUUACCAGGGCCCGAUCUGGAGGGUUCAGUGGACACACAGUCUUCUGCAAACUCGCUUGAGACAGUUAACUUUUCCCCUGGAUGUAAGGAUGAGACUUUGAUGGGAGCUCGGGGAGAGAUCCGAAUGCCUGGUUACACUAACCAGCGGAGUUGCUUGUGGAGGAUUGUCGCACCAAGCCACGGAGCUAUUAAACUGGAUGUCAAAGCCUUUAAUGGGAGUGUGGAGGGUGGGGACUGCAUGGUUUCUCUUUCCAUCUUCGAUGGACCAGCUGUUGACAAACACUUGAAGGUGAAGUUGUGUGGGGGCCGAUUACCUGCCCCCAUCUGGUCCAGUGGCCCAGCACUAACUGUGGAACUCACUGUCGGAUCGAACGGCUCUUCAGGUGGUGUGUGGUUGGCUUACACUACUUACCACUCAAAGAACAGUCGGCGACCUGUCGCGUGAGGGACAUGCUGCCAAAGAGAAUGGAGUGCCUGUAAUUCACAGCUCAGACAGGACGUUUGGCCCUUCUACUCCAGGCUACAUACAAGGCUUUUCCAUCUCUGUCCGGCUCCCUUAACCACAUCUUUUCUUCCUCCUGUGUGUACCCAUCUUUCCUCUGUUGCUCACCUUGACCUUUCCCUGCCUUCUCACCACUUUUGGUGCCCCUAUCUGAAAUUGAACCAUCUACCUUUGUCUCAGGGUGGAGUUAGCAGUUUGUAGAUUGAGGUAACCUGCCCAAACUAUCCAACAGCACCUCACAAACCCACCAACUCCACCACCAAGAAGGACAAGGGGCAGCAGGUACAGAGGAACACCACCACCACCUACAGGUGCCCCUCCAAGUCACACACCAUCCUGACUUGGAAAUGUAACGCCAUUCCUUCGUCGUCACUGGAUCUAAAUCCUGGAACUCUCUGCCCAAAACCUAUGGGAGCACCUUCACCAGAAGGACUGCAACGGUUCAAGAAGGCAUCUCCUCGAGGACUAAUGGCGAUGGGCAAUAAAUGCUGGCCUUGCCAACGAUCCCAAAGAAUGUAUGAAUAAAAGCUGUUCUCCCCUUC